CCUGCAAUGCUUGCCAUCGACACCACCAAGGCCUCAAUCACCAACCUCUUCCCCGCCGCUCCGGGCCAAAAAUAGUAGCCCAUAAGGUGCUCAUCACCUUCGCUACGCCUGUCGUUGCCCCUUUUUUCAUUCUGGCUUCCUUUUGACCCCCUGUGCCAUUUUUCUUUACGCAUAAUCGGUUGUAAUACUCUUACAGACUCUGUCUUGUACUUCCAAAAGUGAACGUAACUGUCGUCGCCAUCAUCGAAGUACCCCUUCUCGGUCGCAAAGAUGCCGCAGAGUCCAACAGGAGAUCCAUUCGCCGCUCCGGCGCACGCCUUUGUGCAAUCGCAAGCCAAGACCACCGAAUUGCUCCCACCACCCUCGCCGCGAACGCACCGUCUGCGCAAACUGCAGUCGGCACACAACCUGGGUUCGAAGGCCGCUCUUCAACUGCAGCCCCAGCAUCAACCCUCAUUGAUUGCGCAGCAGCGCCUGACACAACGCAACAUCUCGCCCACCCGUCGUGAUCCGAGUGCAUCUUCCACAGUGACCCGACAUACGCGAGGACGAUCCAACAGCGAUGCGCCGGCUCCAGUGGCGCACCACAUGACCGCCCUGGCCUCUAGCAAGCGCAGCAUGAUGGGUAUCAAUCCCAAGUACGCAACCAUGUCUCUUCAGCAACUCAUAAAGGAAGGACCGCCUGACGGGGACACUGUCGAGGCCCUGGGCAUGGCACGCCGUAAGGUGCUGAGUGAGGGCAUCAAGAGCGACAGCGAUGGCAUGUCAACCCUACGUAUCUAUGUCUGGAUGAUCCUGCUGGACACUCCUGUUCUCCCGACCGACGACUACCUUGGCCUCAUCCAUCGCGGAGCCUCCCCGGCCUACUCCAAGAUUCGCAACGACACGUUUCGCACUCUCACGACAGAUCCCCUUUUCAGAAGACGUGUUAGCGAGGCCAGCUUGAUUCGCCUCCUUAAUGCCGUGGCCUGGCGUCUACAUGAUUUGCGAGAGGAGCAGCGGAGGGAACGCCCGAGCACGGGCAGAAGCUCAAUUUCGCAGGACAGCUCGACAUCGACGGCGACAGCCCACUCGCAGAACCCGGCCUCGUCGCCGGGCGCGAGGAACCGAGCAAGAGCUCUGACCUUGACGACGGAAGGUUCCGAGACCAGCCAUGCGGGUGAACCGGGGACGUACGUUCAGGGAAUGAACGUCCUAGCCGCCCCAUUCCUAUACGCGGCAAGGAGCGAGUCCGAGGCCUUCAUCGCGUUCUACACCUUGCUGACACGCGAGUGCCCUGGCUACAUCCGCGGCGCUAUGGAUGGCGUACACAAGGGUUUGGCUUUGGUUGACAAGGUACUCGCCACUGUCGACUCCAAGCUCAGCGGGUACCUCCACUCCAAGGGUCUGACGGCCGAGAUCUACGCAUUUCCUUCUGUUCUCACAUUGUGCGCUUGCACCCCGCCGUUGCCCGAGGUUCUUCGCUUGUGGGACUUUCUCUUUGCUUACGGGCCUCAUCUAAAUAUUCUAUGUAUCGUCGCCCAGUUGAUGGGCAUGCGGGAUCAACUGAUGAGCUCUCCAAGCCCUAACAAGCUGCUCCGCUCAUUCCCUUCGCUGCAGGCCGAUAAGGUCAUUGAGCGCACGCUCUGGAUCAUAGAGAGAAUACCAGACGACACCUACGCGGCUAUUGUAGUGCACGCCCACUAAGCUCUCGCGAGCCCAGCAAGGUUGUGGGUGCAAGGAGCGAGAAAUGGCCUGCCCAGCAGUCAACACCACACACCAUGAACAAGUAGGAAGCUGUGUCCCCUUUGGUCUUUUUCGUUGGACACGCCCUCGUGGACAACGACAUACCUAAGCUAGCAGAACAACCAACGAACACGAAAGUACGACUUAUGCAAGACGCGAAGAAGGCGGGUGUCACCCCACCGAAGAGAGGGCUACUUUACGAGGAGAGGAUGCUUGACGAAUAUGGGACGCUUUGUACUUGUACGAUGUAAGGAUUUUAUGACUUGAUGAUUGAAACACAAAAACGGGUAACGAGAUGGGAGCGUUAUGGUGCAAGUGCCAUGGGAGAGAUCAACGAAGAACGAUGUCUUGGAUGCGAGAGGCGAACAGGACGAGGAUAAAACAGCACACAUUCGCCGCUUCAACCUGGACAAUUCACUUCGUAUAUGCAACCCUUGAUGUUUGACGGACAACCCAAAACUGCCUAGUGACCGCUGUCCCUCCUGCCUUGCAUGCGCCAUGAUCAUCGUCGCGGGGAAGCCAGAUGCCCACGUGCCAUCUCUCGGUUUGUUGUAGACUUCACCAGACGACAUCUUCAAGGACGAGGCAAUUUGUGUUCUUGUUCGGCCAAUGUGUCUAGUACUUGUUUGGCAUCAGCCCAUUUGUCUUUAGCUGCAUCCCGUUGUGUUGAUUUGCCGACCAUCGUUCGAGAUAUCGGGCUGGUGGGAACGAGUCUAUGUUGUACACCAAACGGCUUGGUAUAUAUAUUUCGUCGAGGCACUGUCAACUCGGUCUUGCAAUGUGUCAUUUAGACUCUGGUCCCAAUGAAUGUCCCGGGUGGCAUCAUUGAUCUCUGGGCUGCCGGAGCAAUGGUGGAAAAGCCAGUUGGCGCUCAUUGCAUCCCCUGUAUCAACUAGUCUCAAAGCAUCUAUCCGUCUUCUUUGCUCCCUUUUAUUUCCGUAAUGGAAGGCCUCGGACACCUUAUCCAUUGGUAAGAUACAAUUCGCAUGCCCCGAAUAAGAGCCAAUCCCUUCGUACCAGCCCAUACGAAGAGUAGUCUGCGCAUUUUGCACGCACGACGACCGUGUGCAGGUUUGGAAAAGGCAGGCAGCAACUCAGAAACAACAACCGUGCCGAUGACCACGUUGGCCACGAAGCCAUCGAAGCUUCUGCUCCAAAGGGUCUUCCGGAGCGGGUCCCGCAGUUCUCGGCUCUUCAUUGGAUGGUGCGUUGUGUUUGUAAUAAUUCUUGGUAUCAUAUCCUGUCUGUCAUCAGAUAGGCUCGUCGAGGGAUGAUUCGACCGCUCUCGUUUGGGACGUAGUCGGCUACCCACAACCGACAGACAAGGACAAUAGGGGCACAUCGACUUGUUAAGAAACAGGACGCGAGUGAUCAGGUUCG